GACGUUCCGGCGACGGGCGACGGCACGGUGUGGGUCCCGAUCGCGCGGCCGGUCGAGCCGCCGGUGCCGCACGGGCUGCUGCGCGGCGGCGGCGGGCGAGCGGCAGAGGCACCUGCGCGGCCAGGGGCGCCGGCACAGCCGGACGCCUGCGCCGAGGCCAGGCCGCCUCCGGCGGCGCCGGCGCAGAGCGGCCUGCCCGCGUGGCUCGCCCAGGAGCGGGCUGCAGGUUCGGCGGCGACGCCAGUGCCCCCGCCGCCCACGCCGUGGGCACCGACCGAGACGGGCGCGUCGGUUUCGACUUGGAGGCCGUCAGACACGCAGGGACCCGCGCCGUGGGGCGGAUUCGAGCGGCUGGACACCUACAUCGUGGCCCUCAAGCGCUGGUCCAAGCGUACGUGGCUGCCCGCCGAGCAGGGCGAGAAGAUCUGGAGUCGAUCAAAGCCGGGCUCAGAAAGAUGGACGUGGAAAAGAAUGACUAGUCAAAGCAAGCCUCGGGUGUGCGUGACCGCGGACAGCGACCACGAGCAGGAGGGCGAGGACACCAGGGGCCAGGACGUCUACUUCGAGUUCGAGGAGGACCUGGUCAUGGACAACGAGGACGCGGCGGCCUUCUACGAGGCGAUCGCCGACCAGGAGCUGGACGAGGAGCAGGCGAUUGUGGUGCUGGCCGCGGUGCUGGACGAGAAGAGGGAGGAGGAGGGCCGCCUGCGGAAGUGGGCGGAGUCGAGGGAGCUCAAGAAGGCGAUCGCACGGGAUCGAGACUUUCUCGACUCGAAGAGGGCUGGGGGCCGGCAGGUCCCACGGCCAACCGCAGGGAAGCAGAGGCUGAGCAUCGCGCGCCUCGAGGAGAAGACGAGGUGCGCGAACUGUGGGCAGGAGGGUCACUGGAGGAAAGAAUGCACGAAUCCCUACAUGCCGAAGUCGGAGGUCCGUGGCAGGGGCCAGAAGGGCACGACCGGGGCCGAGGGCUCCAUGUACGUGGCCGCCAGCGGCCACGGCAACGGGAUCUGCGCGCUGAGGACCCCGGAGUCAGCCGACCGCCCGUACCAGGAGACCUACCCGCUGGAGAUCAACGGCGAGGAGCCCGGGGGCAUGGUCGACACGGCGGCCGGGCAGGCGCUCGUGGGAGAGAGCCAGUUGCGCGACCGCGAGAAGGGCUGGAGCAUCCCGACGCGCAGGACGGACGGAUGCAGUGGCGCCAAGGGGGUCGGCGGCCGGUCCAAGGUCGUGGGUGAGGCCAUGGUCCCCGUGACCCGUGCAGGGGUCAGGUGCCUCAUCCUGUUCCGGAUCGUGAGCGAGGACGCGCCCCUCCUUUUGCCGGUGCGCUGGCUGGAGAACCUGGGCGCCAUCGCGGACCUGGCCAUGGGCGCUCUCGCGCUCCGGCACGAC